GGCAAAGAGCCCCUUAAUGGAAUCCUAAACCCAAAGCAUCGAAAACCCUGCAACUUCGUUGAGGCCACACUCACCUUCUCUGUCGGCUUCCACCAUCGCAAUUUCUCUUUUGAAUCACCUCACCAGAAGAUGGCAGGUACGCCUCUGAAGAUAGACUGGAGCCAGAUGCUUCCUGAGAAGGGAGCCUCGACGCCGCCGUUGGAGUUGGAGGUGGAACCCACCUCGGUAUCCUCCUCCAUCUCGGUGCUCGAGUCGUCGUCAUGGCCGAUCGAGCAAAAACUCACCGAUGGUCAGAUUGAGGAAAAGAUAACUAGAUUAACCAUGCAUCUCGGAUCGGAUAUUGUAAAGAAUCUGAGCGAUAAGGGGAAGAAGCUUCAGGCGAACCUCCAGGCGUGGCAGAAAGAGCUUGAACGGAGGAAACUCACCCGAAUCCAGACGAUUGAUGAUAAAUGCGAGGCAGCAACUGAGUCCAAAGCUGCAGAACCUAGUGUCGCACCAAGAAAUUCCCUCAAUGCUAUUGCCACAUCAGAGUGUGAUCCACCGUCUUCUUUUUUCUCCCUGUUUAAACAGAAGUUGGAUGAAAGGGCAGGUUCUGCAUCUACAAGCAAGAUUUCAAGUGCCAAUCCUUGCCAGAUUAAUGAAGGAACGAAUUUGUGUCAUAUGUCUUCUCAAGCUACUUUACCAUUAACUUGCAUGGAAUCCUCUAAGGAGAAAAAAAGUCAUUUCAAUGCAAUUUGCAGUAGUAUCCAAACUUCCAGUUUUUAUGCCCCAUGCGCAGGAAGAAGAUUUUCUAAGAGAUUGAAGCUUUCUGAAGGAAGGGAUGCAUUGAUUUGGAGGGCAAAGAAAGAUCCUGCAACGAGGCAGCUUCGGGAUGUGGUUCUUCUGGACGAAGAAGAAGUGCAACCUAAGGAUCCAAUCAGAUAUGCUUCUGAUGAAAGGAAUGGAGCUAAGAUGUAUUAUCCGUCAAGGGAUCAUCCUGAGGCUGUUGAGCUUUUUUACUCAGACAUGAAAUGCCUGGAACCUGAACAGUAUAUAUCAUCACCUAUACUGGACUUCUACAUUAGGUACCUUCAGAGGUCACUCUCUUAUGUUUACAAAAACAAAGGCGAAUACUAUUUCUUUAACACUUACUUCUUUGGAAAACUUGAGCAGGCAUUGUCAUCAAAGGGUGAUAGAUCUUUACAGUUCUCCAAAUUGAGACGGUGGUGGAAAGGGAUAAAUAUAUUUGAGAAGGCAUAUAUUUUUUUGCCAAUCCAUAAAGAUUUGCACUGGAGCUUGGUCAUUAUAUCUAUUAUGCCGCCAAAGGAAGAUGAAUCACAUCCUAUUAUUCUUCACUUGGAUUCAUUGGGUCUGCAUAAGAGUUUAUUAAUUCUUGAGGUUGUUCAGUGUUUCUUAACAGAAGAAUGGAAGUACGUGAAGCAAAAUGCGUCUUCCCCACACAUUAGUUCUGGAGAAAAGAUAUUGAUUGACGUCCCUUUAAAGGUUGACAAGAAAGAAAUCAAGGUACCUCAGCAGAAAAAUGAGUAUGAUUGUGGCCUUUUCGUCCUGUACUUCAUGGAAAGAUUUAUCAACGACGAGGCCCAUCAAAGAUUUAACAGGAAUGAUCCUAACAUGUUUGGCACCGAGUGGUUCCAGCCAGAAGAGGCUUCAAGCUUAAGGAAGCGCAUACAGGAUCUUCUAUUAGAAGAAUUUGAGAGUUCGAGAUUAGAUUGUGGAACAGAAGAAGGCCAUGAUCAAUCUCCCAGCAGCUCAUCUGAACCUGAUGAGGAGCUACGUGUUAAAUCUUCUAAAUCGGUAAAACAAUAUGAAAAAUAAAUAAAUAUUUUUUUUUUCUGAUUCAGUAAAUAGCUAUGAACUUUAGAAAUUAGAGCGGGCAAUAUACAAAUGAUUUUUGGAACUUUCAUUGCUUCGUUGGGACAGUUUUUUUAUUAUUUUCUAAAACGAUAUUUUAGUAUAAAAAUUUUUGAAAUAGAAAUUUUAUAUUAAAAUACUGUUUUGAAAAGAAAUAAGAAAGUUGUCGCAAACGAAGUCUCGGUGAAAUCUCCCAUUGUUCUGUUUUUGGAGUUGCAGAGUAUUUUCAGGCAAAUCUGUAGACAAAGAUGGAACGAACAAUUUUUCAAAAUUGUAAAGAGUAAGCAUGAAAUUGUAAUGCACAGGCGGUGUAUACUGUAUAGUGUGCCCUUUUGAGAAAGGAUUUUCUUAAAAAUAUGAAAUAAAAUUUUAGUGUUUUUUUUUUA